AUGAUGACAUCUAUUUUAUUGGAUGACGAAAAUGACAAAGCUUCUAUUGAUAAUAUAACUAAUAUUAAUAGUGUUCACGAAACACGGGACUCAAUAGUAACGCUAAACGAAAAAAACAAGAAAGAAAACCAUACAGAACAGAACAAUGAACCAGAAAACGGAGGAGAACAUACCUCUUUAACAAUUCCAGAAGAUUUACAACGUAAAUAUAUUAAUUGGAAGAAAAAUGCUAAAAUUUUAUAUGAUUAUUUAAACAGCAACACAUCAAAAUGGCCUUCGUUAACCUGUGAAAUAUUCCCAGAUGUAGAAAUUGCUACAGAAAAAAGAAGAAUACUUCUAUCUUCAUUUACAUCGUCCCAAUUACCAUUAAAUGAAUCUAUAUAUAUUAGUUCGAUUUCCACCGAUAUCCCAAAGAGUUCUUUAAAUCAAUUUGAUAUGGAUGAAAUGGAAUUUAAGAUAGAUAAUGACGUAAAGCAAGGAAACAAGAAGUUGGCAAAGCAAAUAGAAAUUGGAUUUCCUAUUGGUGAAGAAUGUAAUAGAGCCAGGUAUAUGCCACUAAAUCCUGAUAUUAUUGGAUGUGCAUCUUCGAGUGGCAAUUUAUAUAUUUAUAAUAGAACCAAGCACGGCUCAUUACCAAGAACCAGGAAUGGCAUGUCUGAUGGUAACAAUAUAGCAGUCCAAAACGAAAUUUCAAGAGAUUUCUAUGAAGUGGUUUAUAAAGAUGAAGAUCGCCAUAGUGAAGCGUAUUCUCUGGCUUGGAACUACCAGAGAAAUGGGAUAGUGGCGACCUGUCACGCUGAUGGAACAGUUAAUAUCUGGAAUUUAUCCAAAACUUAUAAAAAGUCAAAUAGCAAAAUUAUAACCACAAAAGAACAUGAUUUUUUCCCAGAUAUUGAAAAGGGAUGUAAUGAUGUUUCAUGGAUGGUUCAUCAUGAAUCUAUAUUAGCUGUUGGUUGUGAGAGUAAUAAUAAAAUUAGUAUAAUAGAUACAAGAACAAAUCACACGCCAUAUAUCAAGGCCACAGAUCCAUUGUCCAAUAAUACUGCCUCGGCAUCCGGAAUAAAUAGUGUACAGUUCAAUUAUCAAAAUGACUUACUGUUAUGUUCGGGCAAUAGCAAUAGUAGAGUAGGUGUUUGGGACUUGAGAAAUAUGGGUAAACCAGUUAAUAGUUGGAAUCAUGGAAACACAGGUAAUAGUGGGAGUAUUUCUAGUGUUGCAUGGAAUCCUAAUAUUUCUAAUGUUCUAGCAUCAGCUGGUCUAAAUGAUGGUCUAGUCAAGAUAUGGGAUGCUUCGGACAUAGAAGACCCACUACUUUUCACCCAUGGUGGUCACAUGCUGGGUGUUAAUGAUAUUUCUUGGGACUUACACGACUCGUGGUUAAUGUGUAGUGUUUCUAAUGACAAUUCUAUUCAAAUAUGGAAACCAUCUAUGAAACAAUUAAUGAAUUCUUAA